CAGACAAACAAACGAAGACAUCACCAAGAACACGUCAGUCUCAUAAAAUAAUGACUAGAGAAGAUGAAGAUCUUUUAGACUUGAUGGUACGCAUUGCCGAAACCCCAGCGGAAUGGGAAAGAAUUCAUAAAGUUCUCAACCAAUUAGGAGCCGAAAAGGAAACCGCAGAUGACCGUCCAAAACCAACAACGAGUACGCAAUCUUCACGUUCAGAGUCAGAUAACAGCACAGAUUAUGAUAACUUACCAGAUAAACCAAGCGUUUCACCACCAAAUAGGCUUGUAACGGACGUAAUCACUGUUAACGUAACAGAGGAACCGACUAGUACUUCACUAACAACAACAGAAGAGAAUCAGAUAAAAGACUACGAAAAAGAUCAAAUACCACCAACCAUAAAACAAGACGAUACGGACACCGGAUGGCCUGACUUUGAUGAAGCGAUAACGAAAAAGAUAAAGAAACAUUUUACCUCAGUGGAAGAUAACGAUGUGUUGGACUCUGACUGGUUUGAGGACGAGUGGCUGGAUCCUGUCUGGAACGAAUUUUCUGCAGAACCGAAGGAAUAUCAUUUACCAUCCCCUAAUCUAGAACAAAAAUACCCAUUUGUGAGUUUUAAAAGUAAUAGUCAAAAGGAAGGAAAUCUUAAAGGUCCAGAUCCGAUAAAGUCGACGCUUUUGGUGAAUCCACAAAUGUUAGAGUUACCUCCUCAAGUAUCUGGCCAGGAUAAUUCAACAGAUGGCGAAUCGAGUCGGAGUCCUCGCCCUGUGUUUCUGUACCACAGGGUUACCACAAGCCCUCAGGAGCGAAAGGGCAACAGUGCCUUUAUCGCAGUCAGUGUGGUCAAGCAGAACCCGCUGGAAUUUCCAGCUACAACGGAUUCUCCAGUGCGAGUCCAGAACAAAAUCAAGAGUCCAUGGAGCCAUUCCCGUCACAUUCACAGGAUACAGCACCAGUUGGAGUCCAGCCUGUCAGAGGAGCCCUACAGACAGCACUCUCACUGGGGCACACAAGUUCGGGCCCACCACAACAGAGGGCACAGGCAUCACCGCUCUCACACUCACGGUGACUCCCACCACUGACACCAGGGGGCUUAGAAAAUCAACUCCCCGAUAUCCAGCCAUUGCACUCUAACGGAACAUAACUUGCAUUGACUACGACAAUAUAUUUUCAACAUCAGAGUAUUUUUGUAUGUCAAAACUAUUAGACCCUAAAAAACUAGCUAUAAUUGGUGUAAUCGAUUAUUUGUAUCCGGAAAUAUACGUUACACUUUACUGUUAGAGUUUUACCAACUUUUAUCAUGCAAUAUUUCAAUAUGUGUUAUAAGCUUUCCUUAGUUUCCCAUACGAUGUGCUGUUAACUUUUACACAAUAUUACAUGGUUCAAUUCGGUUUCAAAGCUUGGUGAAAAGUGAAGAAGAAGAAUAAGUGACGAACUUGUAACACGAUAAGUGAAAUUGCAUUUGCCUGAUAUAGUUUGUUUAUACACUGUGUUAUCGGAAGAUGAGUCUUUAGGUUAGGAAGCAGUUUUAAUGUUUUUGUAUAGAACAUUUUUACUGAAAAGUUUCACUUAGUAGAAGUAAAAUAAUGUAAAUAUACAUGUUCACUAAUAAAUAAUUUAACGUUUAUGUUACUUUUUAA